GUUGUGGCCCAGGCAGUAUUAUUCAUGUGUAUGAAUACAGCUGGAAUCUUCAUCAGUUACCUGUCAGAUCGAGCCCAGCGUCAAGCCUUCCUGGAGACACGGAGAUGUGUGGAGGCCAGGCUGCGCCUGGAGACAGAGAAUCAAAGACAGGAGCGACUCGUGCUGUCUGUGCUCCCCCGCUUUGUUGUCCUGGAAAUGAUCAAUGACAUGACCAACGUGGAAGACGAGCACCUGCAGCACCAGUUCCAUAGGAUCUACAUUCAUCGCUACGAGAACGUCAGUAUUCUUUUUGCAGAUGUUAAAGGAUUUACCAACCUCUCCACGACCUUGUCCGCGCAGGAGCUGGUCAGGAUGCUCAACGAGCUCUUUGCCAGAUUUGAUCGACUGGCCCAUGAGCAUCAUUGCCUUCGUAUUAAAAUCCUGGGGGACUGCUACUACUGCGUUUCCGGCCUUCCUGAGCCACGCCAAGACCAUGCCCACUGCUGUGUCGAAAUGGGUCUUGGCAUGAUCAAAACCAUCAGGUAUGUGAGGUCAAGGACAAAGCAUGAUGUUGACAUGCGGAUUGGAAUCCACUCUGGCUCGGUGCUGUGCGGUGUAUUGGGACUGAGGAAGUGGCAGUUUGACGUCUGGUCUUGGGAUGUGGACAUUGCAAACAAACUCGAAUCUGGAGGAAUCCCUGGGAGGAUUCACAUUUCCAAAGCCACACUGGACUGCCUCAACGGUGACUAUAACGUGGAAGAGGGUCAUGGUAAAGAGAGGAACGAAUUCUUGAGGAAGCAUAAUAUAGAGACCUAUUUAAUUAAGCAGCCUGAGGAGAGUCUGCUGACCUUGCCUGAAGAUAUCGUCAAGGAGUCCGUGAGCCCCUCAGACCGAAGAAACAGUGGGGCGACGUUCACAGAAGGAUCCUGGAGCCCCGAACUGCCCUUCGAUAACAUCGUGGGGAAACAGAAUACUCUGGCUGCCCUAACAAGAAAUUCAAUAAAUCUGCUUCCAAACCAUCUUGCACAAGCUUUGCAUGUCCAGUCUGGGCCUGAGGAAAUUAACAAGAGAAUAGAACAUACCAUCGACUUGCGGAGUGGCGAUAAGUUGAGAAGAGAGCAUAUCAAGCCAUUCUCACUGAUGUUUAAAGACUCCAGCCUGGAGCACAAGUAUUCUCAAAUGAGGGAUGAAGUGUUCAAGUCGAACUUGGUCUGUGCAUUUAUCGUUCUUCUAUUUAUCACGGCAAUACAAAGUUUGCUUCCGUCUUCAAGGGUGAUGCCAAUGACCAUCCAGUUCUCCAUUCUGAUUAUGCUGCACUCGGCUCUGGUCCUCAUCACCACAGCAGAGGAUUAUAAGUGUUUGCCCCUUGUGCUCCGGAAAACCUGCUGUUGGAUUAAUGAGACCUAUUUGGCCAGGAACGUCAUCAUCUUUGCAUCCAUCUUGAUCAACUUCCUGGGUGCCGUCCUAAAUAUUCUGUGGUGUGAUUUUGACAAGUCGAUACCCUUGAAGAACCUGACUUUCAAUUCCUCAGCUGUGUUUACAGAUAUCUGCUCCUACCCAGAGUACUUUGUCUUCACUGGGGUGUUGGCCAUGGUGACCUGCGCUGUCUUCCUCCGACUUAACUCUGUCCUGAAGCUGGCAGUGCUGCUGAUCAUGAUUGCCAUCUAUGCCCUGCUGACCGAGACCAUCUACGCAGGUCUCUUUCUGCGUUAUGAUAACCUGAACCACAGUGGAGAAGAUUUCCUGGGAACCAAAGAGGCAUCACUGCUGCUGAUGGCCAUGUUCCUCCUCGCUGUGUUUUACCAUGGACAGCAGCUGGAGUAUACAGCCCGCCUGGACUUUCUUUGGCGAGUACAGGCCAAAGAGGAGAUCAAUGAGAUGAAGGAGCUGAGGGAACACAAUGAGAACAUGCUCCGGAAUAUCUUACCCAGCCAUGUGGCACGCCAUUUCCUGGAGAAAGAUCGGGACAAUGAGGAGCUGUAUUCUCAAUCCUACGAUGCUGUUGGGGUAAUGUUUGCUUCCAUCCCAGGAUUUGCGGACUUUUACUCACAGACUGAAAUGAAUAACCAGGGAGUGGAAUGCUUGCGUCUGCUGAAUGAGAUCAUUGCUGACUUCGAUGAGUUGCUCGGAGAAGACCGAUUCCAAGACAUUGAGAAGAUCAAGACCAUUGGCAGCACCUACAUGGCCGUGUCGGGCCUGUCACCUGAAAAACAGCAAUGUGAAGACAAGUGGGGGCAUUUGUGUGCCCUGGCUGACUUCUCUCUCGCCCUGACUGAAAGCAUUCAGGAGAUCAAUAAGCAUUCGUUCAACAAUUUUGAACUCCGGAUUGGCAUCAGCCACGGCUCAGUGGUAGCUGGCGUUAUCGGCGCUAAGAAACCGCAGUAUGACAUUUGGGGGAAAACUGUGAACCUGGCAAGCAGGAUGGACAGCACAGGGGUCAGCGGCCGGAUUCAAGUCCCUGAGGAGACUUAUCUCAUCCUGAAGGACCAGGGCUUUGCCUUUGACUACCGAGGGGAAAUUUACGUGAAGGGCAUCAGUGAACAGGAAGGGAAAAUCAAAACGUACUUUCUCCUGGGAAGAGUCCAGCCCAACCCAUUCAUCCUGCCCCCGAGAAGACUGCCCGGGCAGUACUCCUUGGCCGCAGUCGUCCUGGGCCUUGUCCAGUCCCUCAACAGGCAAAGGCAGAAGCAGCUACUCAAUGAGAACAACAACACGGGGAUCAUCAAAGGUCACUACAACCGGCGGACUUUGUUGUCCCCAAGCGGGACGGAGCCUGGAGCCCAAGCAGAAAGCACCGACAAAUCUGAUUUGCCAUAAAAGCGUUUUCUUUGUGUUUCUUUUUUUUGUAUUUCUUUUAUAUAUAAAAUAAAUAUACUAAUAAAAAGGUUUAAUUUUUUUUAGAACAAGAA